AUGGAUGUGUAUACACUUAUACAUCGUGUGAUGAUGCUGUUUUUGAAUAAAACCGCGUGCCGUGAAGGAAUGGACCAUUGGGCGGAGCACACUUGCCUUACCUUCGAGGAAGCCAGUGACUUGUCGGGUCCUCACUUGAAGUACAAGAAGCUCUCCGGCUGCUACUCCUUCCUCGGUCGGCUGUGGUGGCAGAGCGGCCGAGACAGCUCCAUCGGGGAAAACUGCGACAGGGUGGCAUUCACAAAGGACUUCGAGAUUUUAUACGAAGGAAUUGUCGUGCAAAUCUUUAAGCCACCCACGAGAUCGGGCACGCCGUGGGCUUCUUCCACGAGCAGUCCCGCCUCUGACCGCCACUCCAACAUACAAGUCAACGAGGAGAACAUCAUUGAAGACAAAUUAUCUCAGUUCGCAAUACAGACCAUCGGCAUCGACGUCUAUUCCGUGCUUUAUGACUACAGUUCCGUUAUGCACUAUGGCUCCAAGGAACUUAUAGGAUCUCGCAAAGGCCUUUCUCACUACGAUAAGUUACUCGCUAACCGCAUGUACUCCUGCAUAGACCCUUGGCUGACACAGUGCAGACUUGUGAGCGACCCGUACUAG